AUGGGAUGGACUAGGCCCCGUGUCGUGAGAAGUGGACGAGCGGCCGUCGAAAUGCCAGCAGUGCGUUGUUCAACCACGACCACAACUGGUCAUUUUUCAACAAAUAAUCCAAAAGCCAUGGGACAUAUCAACUCUGUCCAUCGUCAUCCCCGUUUCGCGCUAUCUCUCGUAGUGGUCUUGCUGGUCACUGCGCUGCUAUUGCUGGCUCCGCGCCCCGGCACCAAUUCGCUCGAAACCCUCGGUGACUCUCUAAAUCACAUCUGGCGUCCGAGUGGCAGCGAUGUCUAUGUCGACCAGGGCUACAAUCCCGGCGUCUCCAUGUGGGGUGACCUCCACAAACUUUUGGAGUACAGCGAGGGCAUCUACCAGGACACCAUUCGUCAACGAAACAACCUCGUCCGCAUCUGGGGAGGAGAGGGACUCGUUGCCGUCGUAUGCGCGACCCAUCCUGGGACCACGCGACUCGUCUCCUGCUCCGCUUGCUUUUGGGACUUUUUCAUCCCAAGCUUUUCGUGCCCCUUCCCCGUCACCCGAGUGGGCACCAUGGGUGAUGGCGGUAAAUGGGUUUGCGGUUACGAGCGUGUGAUUCACCAAAAGAACUGCGUUAUUUACUCUUCCGGUGUUGCCCAAGAGUCGUCCUUUGAAAAGGCCAUCCUCGAGCGCUCCAAGACUUGCGAGAUCUACGGUUACGACUUUUCGGUUGAAAACACCCGCAUCCACUUCAAGCCCUGGAAGUUGCAACCCGAGAACAAUCCAUCGGCCAGCCCACCAGAGUACUCUCUCCAGGGUCUCAUGAGGAAGAAUGGACACACCUUUAUCGAUAUUCUCAAGCUCGAUAUUGAAGGAUCCGAAUUCGAUGUGCUCGACUCCAUCUUCAAGGAAUACAAGGGCCGCCCGUUGCCAUUCGGUCAACUCCAGCUCGAAAUUCACGUUGGUGAGAAGCCAUUUGCCGAUUUCUUGCACUGGUGGGAGAGGUUAGAGGAAGCUGGAUUGAGGCCAUUCUGGACCGAGAGUGGCGAGCGUGCUGAUUGGAAAGUUUACGCGCCAGUGGGUCAGCGGUCUGGCUGGGACGCGCCCAGGUCUUACUUUCCGUUUUCGGCGAGCCCUUGUUCAGCCAUAGCGUCUUUGACCGUCAAGAUAGCUUUGACCGUGCCACAUUAUGGCCACUAUCCUCUCUUCCACAAUGGACGCUCUAAACUGGACCAUUUCGCAUCUUCCAAGGCUUUCAACCAUUCUCUACUCCGCGCUCUUCCUGGUGUGAAAGCACCUGCGGGUGGUAAUUGGAUGAGUGGACACUUGUCGUAUAUCUCCUUGUAUGCCAAGUAUCCGGAUGCGUGGCUCUUGAAGGUGUUUGCAAAGCUCGGACAUGUAGUUAGGAUCAGAGGACCUUGGAAUGAACAACUCUUGACUACCACGGACCUAAAAGCAAUAGGACACGUGUUGAAUAACCCUCAUAUAUAUCGCAAGUCGGACCAACUGCGCUGGGAAUUCACCACGUUUAUCGGUGACGGAGUCGUUGUUGCAGAAGGCGAAAUUCACAAGCGCCAACGAAGGAUCAUUCAACAAGCAUUUGGAGUGAGCCAGAUCCGAGACAUGUGCAAAGAGUUUGUCAACAAGUCGAUUGAAGUCAAGAAAGAGAUCGAUAAACUCAUCGACGCGCACAAUUCCAAAGCGACCGACGAAAAGGACCGUGACACCAUAGUGACAGACAUGGUCUCUUGGAUCUCUCGAGCUGCUUUGGAUAUCAUUGGGGUCACUGGGUUUGGCUAUGAUAUCGGCUCGGUCAAGAACAGGGAUACGGACAAGGACGUGCUCUACCCCGCAUUGGAAGAGUUUGAUAAGGCGAGCGUUUGCCUUCGUAACGCCCACAAGAUCAUGAUGGAUAUUGCCAAAACGGUUGUCGACCAGAGAACAAAGGAACUUGAACGUGGGGAGUUUGAUGGAAAGGGCAAGGAUCUCCUGACGAUCCUCGUCAAGGCGAGUUUGGAGGCGAACGCCACCAAGAGCAUGACCAAAAAGGAGGUUUUAAACCAGGUUCCUACAUUCCUCAUCGCUGCCCACGAGUCAACGGCUACUGCUGUUGUGUGGACUUUGUGGUCUCUCAGCAACGACAAGGCGAUUCAGAACCGUCUACGUGAAGAACUACAGGAAAAGAACUUUGACCAUCCUACCAUGGAAGAUCUCAACUCGAUGACAUAUCUCGACUGGGUUGUGCGCGAAACAUUGCGACUUCACUCUGUUGGUGCAUUCUUGGAAAGGGCUGCGAACGAAGAUGAUGUACUUCCGUUCGAUACCCCAUUCGUGGACAAGGAGGGUAAUACUAGGACAGAACUACCGCAAGCGAUACCGUUCGUAUCAAUCCCAAGCAGGUGGGAGAAUCCACCAAAAAUCACCGAAAAUAUUCCCGGUAUCUGGGGCAACCAAGUUAGCUUCCUUACUGGCCCAAAGGCUUGCUUAGGAUUCAG